AUGAGAAAGCUCUCACUUUGACUGGAUAACAUCAACUACAGGACCCAUACAGGACCAGCUUGGCACUCUGUCCCUCAACCUGGACACAGACCCAGACGCAGGCAGGCAGCCAACCUCUCUCCCCCUGCUAGGCUGUCACUGACCUCUCUCUCCUGUGCCUUACAGGAUGGCUGAGGCUGAACUUCACAAGGAGAGGCUCCAAGCCCUUGCAGAGAAAAGGAAAAGACAGUCAGAAAUAGAGGACAAAAGGAGACAGCUGGACGAUCUGGUGCUGCAGCUUCAACAUCUCAAGUCUAAAGCCAUGAGAGAGCGCUGGCUCCUACAAGGCACGACCCCUGGAACUAACGACGAAGACGAUGGACGAAGACAACAGCUGGAGAAAGAAGAAGAGCAGGGGAAGAGACUGGAGGACACUAUUCACAGGUUGGAGUCAGAGAUUGGUCUUUUGGAGCGCGAGGAGUGUCAGAUCUCAGCUAAAGAGCAGACCCUCAGGGAGAGACUGAGGGAGACUGAGAGGUCCAUAAAAGACCUACAGAAAAGUCUCCAGAAUGAGCAUGAUGCUGUGAGUAACGCCUCACCCCAGCUCCCCGACCAGCUCUCUGAGCAGCAGCCAGACAUCAGAGACUCCUCCACCACUUCUCUUCAUCAGGCCACAGCCUCAACAGCAUCUGCCUCUGGGGAGCAGCCAAAGAAACCUGCGAUGUACGCCAUGGAGAUCAAUGUGGAGAAGGACAGAAAGACAGGGGACACCAGGAUCCUGUCAGCGUCUUCCGUCAGCCCUGACGAAGUGCCUGAUUGCGGGGUCAAGGUUUUCGACGACGGCCGGAAUGUUGUCUACGAGGUCCGCUCGGGGGGGUCCUCUACCCUGGACAAUGGGGUUCACCACUGGAGCUCCCAACAGGUGGAUGAGCUGAUGAAGCGGGUCGGGGCGACCACCGGCUGUGCUCAGGGAGGCAAGGCUAAGGUCCGUGUCAAACCCGCCGACGCUGAUGACCCCAAAACCUCCCCCAGGUCCAUUGACCACUCCGCUGACCUCCCUACCAACUACACCCCCUACACUACCCCCCCAGCUGUCCCUAGCUCUGCCACCACGGCCAACAAGAUGCCCCAGCCCCACGCUCCAAGCGCCCCCAUCACCACCCAGCCUCCACCCUGCCGGGAGGUGAUAUACGGGGGUGAGGUGACGGAUGCUCCCCAGGCUACGGCAGAGAAGCCGAUCACGAUGAUCUUCAUGGGCAAUCAUAAUGUAGACGACCAGGAUGAGACCAAGAGGCUGCUGGGAUUCGACGGCACCAUCAAGGCUGAGAUCGUCCUGAUCGAUGAGGACGAUGAGAAGUCACUACGGGAGAAAACGGUGACAGACGGUUACUCCACCAUGGACGGCAACGCCGCCGACCUGGUGUCCGGCUCCCGGCCGCUCAGUGACACCACCGAACUGUCGUCGGAGGGGAAGGACGAGAGCUCUGCCACGGCCACCAAGGAACUCCCCUCCCCAGCAGGUAUAGAGAAGAAAGAGCGCUGCCACUGCUGUACUAUCAUGUGACCUCAUUACUUUAACUACACUACCCACAACUCUCUGUUACUCUUGGGAGGGAGGAGCUCAUUGGUUAAUCAAGGCUCUGAUCUCCCUCCUCCCUAAACCCUCCUCCUCCUAUUCCUCCUCACGGCUACUAACAGAACCUACCCUCUGACGCCUGGAACUUGGCUGCAUUGACAUCAUUCUUUUUAACUUUGACCUUUGACCCACCUUUGUGAGCCCCCCCCCCAAGAAAGUAAAGGCACUCUGUCACUCCCUUCAGUAGGACAACGGUGGAAGUUGAAGUUGCCCCGAAUAAAGGGUCAGUUUUAGAUUUUUACGACUACAGAUGAAGGUCAGGAUUGGAUGAGGGGAAGCUGAUCCUAGAUCUGUACCUAGAGGAAACUUUACCCCAGAGCAAGCACAACACACCACCAUUCCAACCAGAGCAGCACAGUGUUGGGCUUGCCACUAGUUUCAUUGUAUUCACAAUACAUUUGGUCUGUAAGAAAAAGGUUAUAACACAAUCCUUUAAAACCUGACCAAGGAAUGUUUGGUGUUGAAGACCUGGAUCAGAUGACUCUCUAUCUGGCACUCCUAAAAACAACAGAAAGUAGACCUGCACAUACAGAGAUAUAGUAUGGUACAGUAUAGGUUGAUAUCCCAUCUGUCUAGUUGCCUCAUUCAAGCAAAGACAUCUGACUGACUGGAUGGAUAUCCCACAGACUAGGGGCCCAUCCCAAACUGCACCUUAUUCCCCAUGUAACACAGUGCUUUUGACCAGAGCCUUGAGGGUAGAGAGGCCCUGACCUUGAUACAACACCAAAUAUGUUUUAUGUGAGGAUUUGUGUAAAACGUAGUGCACUAUAUAGGCAAUGGGGCUCUGGUCUAAAGUAGUGCACUAUAUAAGGAAUAUAGGGCUCUGGUCUAAAGUAGUGCACUAUAUAGGGAAUAGGGUGCCAUUUGGGAUAUAUCCUGAGAAGGGCAUUACUUAUGAUCUUCCAUCUGUACUGUAAGAAACAUGAACAGUUAUCAUAAUUAACGAUAAGCACUGUACAUAAGCUCCUCAUCCGAACCAUGACAGAGUACAGGAGGGAACAAUCAGAGUAUAGGAGGGAACUACCAGAGUAUAGGAGGGAACUACCAGGGUAUCAGAGUAUAGGAGGGAACUACCAGAGUA